GCGCACGCGCACUUACACUAUCCGUCCCUGCAUGUGCACAGUGCACAGGCCAACGGUAGCCCCGGGAGCGUGCCAGCUCUGUAGGCACUGCAGAAACUGUUACUUAGAGGAGGAGUUGGUGCCAUGUUAUCCCGGCAGGUGGCAGCGGUGCUGCUGCUGUGGCUGAGCUGCUGCGUCUCAGCUCUGUGGAGAUACUACAUGAAUAGCCCAGAUUAUUCCAUUUUUAGUACCAGGAGUACUAUUAACUUAGAGUAUGAAGGAACCUCAUUUAAAUCGUGGACAGUAUCAGAAAGAUGUAAAGUUCAAAACACUACAUCACCCAAGACAACACUACACUGUCAAAGCGCUGGUACUCACAAGAUAAAACCAGUUGCCACAACCCAAGAAGAACAACGGUAUCUGACUGUGACUAAUUCUUAUGUUUGCUUCUUGUGGUAUUUCACAGUUGUAGACGUUUAUCACAACUUAAGCCAGAUUGUCACCAUAUGGGUGUAUGAUCCAGAAAGUGCCAGCUCCGAAGAGCUGUUGAAGACCGCAAAGAAACCUUCACUGAAUUCCAAGGUACUAACCAAACAUUUUGAAACCCUGGGACAACAUCCAUCCAUAUACACAACUGAGAAGAGGCUCACGUACCACUCAGGUCCCUUAACUUCAGAAGGAACCUGGGUCAUUCAUCUGCCAAUGUCUUCAGAUGAUAUAGUCAAAGUGAUAAAAGGUAAAAAAGUGGCUUUCCAGGACUGCCUCAUUGCAAAUCUCCAAUUCAUGCUGACGUUUCCCAUAAUGACCAUCUCUGAGCCUCCUGAAUAUCUGCCAAUCACCCUGCCAGCUGGAAGUCCGCUGCUGCUUAGCUGGCAUGCCUGCAUCACUGCAUUUGCUCUCUUGGUCACUGACCAGGAGAGCUUCCAAACAAAUGAUUCGUUUCAAACCUGGACCAAAGUAAGAGUCCCUCCAGGUAUCCUGAGUGAUGCUCAAAGGCACAGUCUGAGGGAUGCGAUCGUAUUUGAGCAUGGAAGUCUGUUUCUAGUAGAUACUACUGCUUACCUAAGAACAAGAGAUGAAUUUAUACAACUGAACGAAAGCAGAGGUAUUUCUGGAACUGGAAUUCUUGGCUUUUCAAGAAGAAGAUGGUGUCAGAUUAGAUAUUUAUAUAAGCUUUCAUCAAGAAAAAGCAUAUUAGUGGCUUGGUCAAGUAGUACAAUUUACUAUGGAUAUCCUAAAUUUAGAUUUAUGACAUUAACAACUACUUUACAGCUAAAAAGUUUUUUGAAGCUUCCCCUCACUGACACCCUGGAAAUAAUGACUGUUGAGUACUCAUGGCACCCGAGGGAGCUUGCUAUUGUGCUGACCCACUGCUCUGUCUGCACCGACGUCAGGAACAUUCGCAUAGUGAUAUAUAAUUCAAUAUAUAAAAGAUAUACACUCCAGGACUUUGAACUAGAACUGCCCAAGGAGAACAUAUUAGAAGCUCGCUUUCUUUACUCGGCCAUGCCUGAUCUUAUCCUGUGGGACCAAUACCAUGUUUACUAUAGCUACAAAAACUUCACUGCUAUUGGAACUUUCGAAGCACUUACAAAAGAAAAGGACUUGUCAUUGUCAUCACAGGGCAGCAAAGUCCACACCGUCAUUACAGAUAGUAUUGGAAAUAUUUUGGUAAAAAUGUUAAAUAAUGUACUGUUCUACAUCAAGACUGACGUUACAAAGGCAGCUCAGCUACAUACAUGGAUAAACAGGACCGCAAAGUCAACAGUUUACUUCGACAGAUCUUAUCAAAUAUGUCUAUUACACUAUAAUGAAAAUCUCGACGACAAGUACCAGUUGCAGAUACAGCCAUAUCCCUUAUUUCUGGAGUUAGAAAGUAUAAAUGAAGAUUUAGCAGACUGGUGCCCAUAUCUGGCUUUUCAACACGAUAUUAAAAGUCAGUUUUACAUUCUGGAUAAAGGAGAAAACCUGACAGUUUGGAGUCAAAUAGUCUACCCAGAAAAUCGGGGACUCUUUAUUGUUAUGGAUUACUAUGGUUCAAACAUUUUAAGCUGGACACAAAACACUGACUAUGAGAUUGCGUCAGGAUUCUGUACUAAAACUGUAAUAACACAUUUUUUUCAGACAACAAAUUACGAAUUAGUGGAUAAUUACUAUGCUUUAGAAAAAAAGAACACAGGUCUCUUACUUUUCCAGUUGCGACCUAGUGAGUCUUCAAGAACGUGUACAACAGCCAAAGCGGUAUUUGAAAUUGAUGUUGGCUGCGAUUCAAGUAAAUACAUUAUGGUUCAUGGAUUUAAUAGGAGUGGGUGUCAACGUCGUGAUUUUUCUUAUGUGAUUGACAAGGAUCUUCUGAGAGACACCCUAUCUGAAAAUUUGAAAGUGAGAUAUGAUGUGGCAAAAUACGGCUGCCCUCGGACACUUCAGUUGGAAGAAAUGUUUCACCCUGUAGUAGAAUUGUAUGAUGAAAAUGGAUUUGUUAAGAUAGUUGACACAAAUUUUAUCCUGUGGGAAAUCCAUGGCAGGAACGACUACACCUUUAAUUCUACUAUGGAGGAGAAUGGCUGUAUAAAUGAAGCGCAGACGUGGGACUCAAUGAUAGAGGAAAGCCCCGGUGUCCCACUGGAGGAUGUCUGGGGGCCUCAGAACUAUAAGCCUUGUUUUUCUUAUGCUAUUGGGAAGCCAGGAGACCUAACCCAACCAUAUGAGAUUAUAAACUAUUCUAAUAAAAACAGUCUGAAAUGGUCCAUAACAUAUGCUGGAAUGUAUGUAUUUCGCUUGAAGAUCUUGGAUCCAAACUAUAGUUUCUGUAACCUAACAACUAUUUUUGCAAUUGAGAGCUUGGGGAUGAUUCCCAGAUCGAGUAUCUACCUGGUAGCUGCCUUGAUUUUUGUCCUGAUGCUCACCUUCAUCAGUAUUCUGAUUCUGAGCUAUUUCUGGUACUCAAAGAUUUAUAGACAGUUUAUUUUUGAGCCACUUCACAAGCCUCCUGCAAAACAGAAGAAAAAUUAGGAAAUCUGAGAGUUAACUCU